CGCCCCGAGGCCCAGGCGCAGGAAUGCGGCGCGGGCCAUCUUGGUUGGGUGCGGGCGUCGGGCGGGUAACGGGCGGAAGAUGGAGGCGGAGUAACAAGCGACUUGUGGCCUUAGUGCCAAAUGACACUUCAUUCAACACCAGACGAGCCUACACCAGCGAAGAUGAAGCCUGGAAGUCGUAUUUGGAGAAUCCCCUAACAGCAGCUACCAAGGCCAUGAUGAGCAUAAAUGGUGAUGAGGACAGUGCUGCUGCCCUUGGCCUAUUAUAUGACUAUUAUAAAGUUCCCAGAGAUAAAAGGCUGCUGUCUGUUAACAAAGUGAAUGAUAAUCAAGAAGACCAAGAUAAAAGAAAUUGUCUCAGUUCCACAGAAGCUCAGAGUAAUCUGAGUGGGGGAGAGAACCGUGUGCAAGUCCUGAAGACGGUGCCCGUUAACCUUUCCUUGAACCAAGACCCAUUGGAGUCAUCCAAGAGGGAGUACAACACAAAUGUGUCUGGCAGCUCCACACCAAUUACGGGGACUGCAGUGACUGUGAUAAAAGCAGAAGAGUUCACCCCGGUUUUUAUGACCCCACAAGCACACUAUACAAGAGGAGAAAACGAGGAGCACCGAGGGGUUAUCUUUGAACCAUAUGAAGUGUCCAACAUUGCUCCCCACACCAAUUAUCUCAAAGAUGACCAGCGCAGUACUCCUGACAGUACGUACAGUGACACCUUCAAAGAUGGAGGAACAGAAAAGUAUCGCAGUGUGUCGGUGGGGGCUGAAGAAUACAUUUAUGAACAAACAAGCACUUUUCAGUAUACACUAGAAGCUACCAAAUCUCUGCGUCAAAAGCAAGGGGAGGGACCUAUGACCUACUUAAACAAAGGACAGUUCUACGCCAUUACACUGAGCGAGACGGGUGACAACAAAUGUUUCCGGCAUCCGAUCAGCAAAGUCAGGAGCGUGGUCAUGGUUGUCUUUAGUGAGGAUAAAAACAGAGACGAGCAGCUGAAGUACUGGAAAUACUGGCAUUCCCGGCAGCACACAGCAAAGCAGAGGGUCCUUGACAUUGCUGAUUACAAAGAGAGUUUUAAUACCAUUGGGAAUAUUGAAGAAAUCGCCUUCAACGCCGUGUCCUUUACUUGGGAUGUCAAUGAGGAGGCAAAGAUUUUCAUCACAGUGAAUUGCUUGAGCACAGACUUCUCCUCUCAAAAAGGAGUAAAGGGGCUUCCUUUGAUGAUUCAGAUAGAUACGUACAGCUACAACAACCGCAGCAAUAAACCCAUCCACCGAGCCUACUGCCAGAUCAAGGUUUUUUGUGACAAGGGAGCAGAAAGGAAAAUCCGAGAUGAAGAGAGGAAGCAGAACAGGAAGAAAGGCAAAGGCCAAGCAUCCCAAGCCUCCUGUAAUAACUCAGCUGAAGGAAAGCUGAGUGCACUCCCUCUGCAAAAAAAGAGUGAUAUAACCUUCUUCAAAACAAUGACUGACCUGGAUUCCCAGCCAGUUCUCUUCAUACCAGAUGUUCACUUCGGAAACCUACAAAGAACUGGACAGGUUUACUAUAAUACAGAUGAUGAGAGAGAAGGUAGCAGUGUCCUGGUCAAGAGGAUGUUCCGACCCGUGGAGGAAGAGUUUGGUCCAUCCCCUUUGAAACAAAUGAAAGAAGAAGGCCUGAAAAGAGUGCUUUUAUAUGUGAGGAAGGAGACAGACGAGGUGUUUGAUGCCUUGAUGCUGAAAUCACCCACGGUAAAGGGGCUAAUGGAAGCGAUCUCUGAGAAAUACGGGUUGCCAGUGGAAAAGAUUGCAAAACUUUAUAAGAAGAGCAAAAAGGGUAUCCUGGUAAACAUGGAUGACAACAUUAUUGAGCACUACUCCAAUGAGGACACAUUCAUCCUGCACAUGGAAAGCGUGGUUGAAGGCUUCAAGAUCACACUGACUGAGAUCUAGCCUCAGACAGAGCCCUUUUAUAAGGAACCCACAGCAUUUCAUUCUUCUUGGAAAGCAGAAGAUGCCUAUGGAAGUUGACAGACAUUGAUCAGAGAAACUGUUACAAGACUGCUUUGAAAAUAUUGUCCAUUCUGCACAUGCACACCCACUGCAUGCAGGCUUGGGUUUGUCAAGCACAAGGCCACUCAUGUUAACCUGGUCCCUUAUUUAUUGCUCCCCACUCUCCAUUGUACAAGCAGUUACCAGCCCCCAGAUUUGUAACCAGAUGACCCACUGCAAAUGUGAAAUGCAGCAUUUUAGUCCAUGCUUUAGUGUGGAUAAGCUCAUUCUAAAACAUGUUAGGGAACCAUGCUGGUCCAGUUUCAGAAAUCACAUUGCCAGUAGUUCUCUCCUCUGUUACUAAAAACUGGUGCAGUGCUAAAGAUGGGGAAAGUGGCUGACAGAGUUCACUUGCUCAGACCGAUCCAUAUCUCUCUCUAGUGUAUAGUCUUGCCAAAUACCUCUGGUAGUUCUCAGCACGUAGCAAUGAGGACUUGUAAGUAAGGCGUUCAGCUACAAAUGUCACUUGUAAGUAAAUGGUAAAGAAACCAUUUUAACCUUGUAUAUAAUGUUUAUAAUAUGCAAUAAUAUAUUUCAACUACUGUAUGUGGGCACGUUUAUUGCCACUAUGUUUUUGUAUGUAUUGGGUUUAGGGUUUAACAGAAUAUUUCCUAGAAGAUUAGAUUUCUGCAAUCUGUUAAGGAGUGUGUACUGAGAAUCUGAUAACUGUGUCUGCAUUCAUGCACUCCACCCCUGCCCACCCACUUUUAUACUGAAAUAUUGGCGCAAACAGCACUACAGCAUUUGGAGUGCUCUGUCACAGUGGGACCCAGCUUUGGUGCCCAGGUCCCAAAUGUAGACACCUGAGUACCACAUCCAGCUGUCACCAAAUCAUAGAGGCACCGCUGUGUCUGGUGUGUCUGGAGGCACAGAAGGGACUUCUCCCUGUUCUCUUGGUGAAGCGAGGGCUCUCGAAAUGAGCCUGUCUCAAGCCUGUGGAGGGAAAGGUGCUUUCCCCACCAAGCAUUCCUCUAGACUGCAAGAAACUUCAGACUCUUCUUCUUAAGGGAGCUUGCUCUUGUAUCUCCAUUGAAUGAUUCUGUUUUGAUUCCUAGGGCACUUCAAUGAGGUAGCAACCUGGGCGCAAUGUAAAUUUUUUAUGGAAACAGAAACAAUUUUACCGGUGGAAACAGAGCGGCCCACACCUGAGGUGCAGAGAUAGGCCCCUCUCACCUGUGUGAGCCUGUGCUGGAUCUGACUCAGGCUGAACUAUGAGGUCACACCAUCAAGUUCCGCAUCAGUCGCAGGAAUUCUGAGAGAGAAAGGCUACAGGCUAAUCACACCAGGAAAGGGGUCCAAGGCCUGAAUGUCCCCAGCACACGCGAACCUGGCACCUGUCUCUCUUCUUUCUGGUUCCUCUGGCUGUCUUAGAUUGCUCCUCACACAGUGUACAGUCCUGUGGGUUUCAGUUGUAAGCAUUUCAUUUCCCAUGCAUUGUGCAGGGAUCCCAUGAGACAGGCAGAAAUGUGAGGCCUUUCCUACAAGCAACCUUUACAGUUUUAUUAGUUUUUCCUUCUAAAGACUCUUAGUCACAGUAUUUUUUUCAUUAGCUGGUUAAUGAAGUAAAGAAACACUGCUGAGUUUGAUGGGGCUCCUUCUCUAGUUGUUUGAGUUGUGGGGAGCUAUUUACAUCCGAGCAAAGUAGUUGGAAAAGAUAGCCAGUCUGAUUUGGUCCUAUUUUUGUAUGAACUGUCUUGCAAGCUCUUACAGUUUCUUAAUUUCAUUAGCGAUAGCAUCUCAUUAAAAUCUGAUCUUCAAAUAGAAAUGUCAGGUACGUGUCAAAGCUCCUGCACUACCAGAGACUGUGGAAGCUCUCUACUACUCGUGUCAGGGCUAACACAUUCAGAAUCCACACACAUCUGGAAAGCAAAGCACCUGUUCUGUCUGUCUUCUCUCCCUUUCUAGUCACCUGUUGUGUGCUGUUUCUGCUCCUGAUGCAGAGUUGUGUAGUAAUUCCAUUGUCUUUUUAUGGAUAUAUACUCCAGUAAAGAUGCUUUUGCUACAUUGCUUAAGGAUGGACAUCUUGGGAAUACAGUGGAUUUAGGGUAAUUUCAUUUAUUUCUGCUUGGCUCAGUCUCAGAUAAAAAGUCUUUGCUGACUUAGCCCAGAUACUUUUCUAGCCCCCAAAAAUAGGACAGUUUUGGCAGGUGGCAUUAAGAACUGGGGCCAGCACUCAGGACUUAUGAGCAAUGCUGUUGGUUCUUGUAUUUAUCUGUUGUUUAAUGGUGUUUGGGAUUCCAAGGAGUUUAACUGAGAUUUCUCAGUUGGUCACGAUGUCCCAGCAGAGGCUGCGAGCUAAGCGCAGCAGUAAGUGCAUGCAGGAUUUGAGCCCUGGUUCUGCCCCUAUCAGUGCCUGUGGUGCCUGGGGCUGGGUUGCGGUGUGCCACAUUGCGAGAUGUCAGUGAGAAUUUGAGGUUCACAGAGAAGGAUAGGGCUGUCCUGGCAGCACCAGCACACGUGUUCAUAUUUUAUUCUUGUCUUACACAGAGGUGAAUCUUUCUUCUUUGGAAAUUAGAGCUAGGUUCUGCUGGAUGCUGUAGCAUCCAGCUCUGAGGAGCACUAUCAUAGAAUCAUAGAAUCACAGAGUGCACCCAUGCCCAUCCCCGUGCUGUGGGCAGGGCUGCCACCCCCCAGCUCAGGCUGCCCAGGGCCCCUCCAGCCUGGCCUUGAGCAUUUCCAGGGAUGGGGCACUCAGCUUCUCUAGGCAGCCUGUGCCAUUGCCUCACCUCCCUCUGAGUAAAGAAUCUCCUCCUAACAGCUAAUAUAAAUUUCCCCUCUUUUAGUUUAAAACCAUUUUCCCUUGUCCUUUCACUAUCAGACCACGUAAAAAGUCACUCUUGCUCCUGCUUAUAAGCUCCCUUCAAGAACUGGAAGGCCACAGUGAGGUCUCCUUGCAGCCUUCUCUUCUCCAGGCUGAACAACACCAGCUCCCUCAGCCUUUCUUCAUAGGAGAGGUGCUCCAGCAUCUUCAUGGCCUCCUCUAGACCCAUUCCAACAGCUCCCCAUACUUCCUGUACUGGGAGCUCCAGGCAUGGACCCAAAGCUGCAGGUGGGGCCUCAUGGGGGCAGAGCAGAGGGGGACAGUCCCCUCCCUCUCCUGCUGCCACCCUUCUGUUGGUGCAGCCCAGGGUAUAGUUGUCCUUCUGGCUGCGAGUGCACACUGCUUGCUUGUGUCAAACAUUUGUUCACCAGAACCCACAGUAUAGGAUCAGCAAAAGCUGCAAUGCUCCAGGAAAUGCUGGGGCUUAAGGAGCAGAGCUGCCUUUCCAAUGCCAUUUUAGGAGCUUUAGGUCAGGCACUGUCCAGGGAAGGAAAGUUGUUUCCAAGAUUAACUGAAAGCUUUUCUAAAUAUAUCUCUAAGUGUACAAAUUCCUGGUCAGUAGCGAGAGAGCUGAUCCUCCUGCCUUUAGCUCCAUCUUACAAUCUCACUGGAGACGGCAGGGCUGAGGAAGAUGGGUAGAACUUAUCCACACACUAAGAAUAUUUUAAAACAACUACUGGAGCUAGUUUGGGAUGAUCUCCAUUAACUUUAUUUAUCUGCUGGGGCCUGAGGACUUUGUUUCCCUGCACCAAAUGCCGAAUGCAUCACAAGCAUCUAAAUAAUUACGAAGAGCACAUCACCCUGCCCCCGGUCAGUUUAGUCACAGCAUCAGCUGCUGCAGAAGCACUGAACCUGAGUGCUGGUCAUGGCAAGCUACAAGCUGUCAGGGUUCACCACCUCUGAAGGUUAAUCAAAAUCAGGACAUCAGGGUGAUGGGGAAGGGCCAGCACCAAUAAUGCAAACUUCUGAAGCAGGGACCAGCUUUAUGUUGUGCAUCAUUCAAAGGCCAGAAGGAACACAAGAUCUAUUCUUUAAAAUGUGUAUGUUGCUUUUGUACCAUGAAAAAGAUCGAUUAAUGCUGUAUCUUCCAAAUAUGAAGAGUUAAAUGGAAGUAAAAUUUGGCUAUGGUUUAGCACGGGACAGAAACAUCUUUGUUGCCUCUUUCUGUGGCACUUCUAUGGUUGUUUACUCAAAGGAACAAAACUCAUUUCCUUCUUCAAGAUGACAGGCUCGAAUCUAGUGCAGCCUCGAGGCUGCUCUGCAUCGCUUCCGUACAAAGAGCGAGAGCAGGGCAGUGUCUGUAGGUGUUGUGUGACUCUGACAGAGAGGUGCUAAAGGCAGAGUAACCUUCUAAGCCCUGGCCUUGGUUUCUGCCACAGAUUUGGCACUAUGUCCGUCCAUUUGAUGGUUUGCUAUAAAAACCCUAAUGUCAGACUUUAGUUUCCUUUUACACAGUAGGUACCUAUAUCCCCAGAAGGAAGUGCAUCCUUGCAGUGACGGACGCUUUGUUGAUGUAUGGCAAUGCCCCAUCAAGGUAUUUUAGAGGACUUUUUAUCACUGAAUGUUAACUACAAUGAAAAUAGGUUCUUUUUUUUUUCUUUCUUUUUUUUCUGUGUGUUCUCUCUCAUUAAGUUAUUGGUCAAUGGAAUUCAGAGAUGAAGAGUCUUUCUUAUACAUUUCCUCUUUCAGUCUGUGGACAGAUUAAAUGCUAUAAAUGAAUUCAGAUGAUUGGUAAAAACACAGCCCUCCAGCUGUCAGAGAAGCUGUAUGUUGGUGUGGAACUGGGAAGGAGUAUCUUAGGGCCUUAAAUGUAAAGCUCAUGAAAUGUUUAUAUGCUCUUCCAUUUCCUAUGAAUUGAGACAAGAUACAAACGAGUGUUUGUGCCAAAGUUUGUAACAAGCUCUCGCUCUGACAAACAACAAACUUUAUGUAUAAAUAGUGUGCUUUUAUAUUAAGGAAAUAGCUCAUGUAACUUAAUAGUGUUGCAACUGGGAGAGGGGUUUGAUAAACUGUAAAUACAGUUAUUUUAUUUUUUUGUACAUUUUUAAGAAGGAAAAAAUAAAUAUUCCUAUGUAUGAGAGAA